CAGUCAGAGCAAUCAUGGCUGCCCCCAUGUGCUAGUGUGAGAGAACCAAGCAACGCAGCAGAUAAACCACAGUAGGAUACUUGUAUUUGGUGGAAGAUUAGGGACAGUUAGAAACCUGAUUAAGAGAUUCCGACUGGCGGAGGUGUCACAGGCUGCACCUUAUGCUGGUGUGGACAGCCCGGCUGCUCCAUUGCUUCAACUCCUUCCGACUGCAUCCUCCUCUCUCUUGUUUAGCCAAACCGAUUCCUUGGAGGAGUGCUGCUGGCGGCGCUUCAGGGUGGAGACAGAGCUCUAUGGAUGCUCAGGUUACCACCAAUGAGCCAUCAUGCACAUCAGCUGAAUCUCCAGCAGCUGGGAAUGCGUCAGAAACAAGGCAUGGUACAGAGGAGCCAUGUCCUGUGAACCUGUUACCUGGAGAGACUGUUGUCAAAGAGGGAAAGGCUGCCAUCUUGUUUCCUAACGCAAAUGAGGUGUUUUACAACCCAGUCCAGGAGUUCAACAGGGAUUUAACAUGUGCUGUGAUCACAGAGUUUGCCAGGGACCUGAUGGCCCAGCGUGGGGUGAAGUUACUCAUCCCUGGAGAAAAAGAGAGGGUGGUGGUCUCUCUGUCAGAGGACACGAACGAAGCCGACAUACAGAUGGAGGAGAAAAACGGUGCACAAGAAGUUACAGCAAGAGUUGGAGAAAAAUGUGAGAACGGUCUUCGUAUCCUGGAGGGCCUUGCAGCCUCCGGUUUGCGCUCGGUGCGUUUUGCCCUCGAGGUGCCCGGCCUGCAGAGCGUCACCGCCAACGACUUCUCCACCAAAGCGGCGGCGCUGAUCGGACGGAACGCCCAGUACAACGGAGUUGGCCACAUUGUGCAGGCCAGCUGCAGGGAUGCAAGCAUGCUAAUGUAUGAGAUGCGAGGGAAGAAAGAGCGAUAUGAUGUCAUUGAUCUGGAUCCGUACGGAAGCCCUGCAGUUUUCCUGGAUGCAGCUGUGCAGGCUGUCAGUGAGGGAGGUCUGUUGUGCGUAACGUGCACAGACAUGGCUGUGAUGGCGGGAAACAAUGGAGAAACCUGCUACAGCAAAUAUGGUUCAGUCUCCAUUAAAGCCAAAUACUGUCAUGAGAUGGCUCUUCGUAUCAUCCUCCACAGUUUGGACCACCGGGCAGGAGUGUACCAGCGCUACAUCCAGCCGCUGCUGUCCAUCAGCGCCGACUUUUAUAUUCGAGUCUUUGUAAGAGUCUUCACGGGACAGGCUACUGUCAAAAACUCUGCCAGUAAACAGGCUCUGGUGUACAACUGCGUUGGCUGUGGCUCCUUCCACAUGCAGAGGAUGGGCAGAAGAAUUAGCAAUGGAAAACACAUGAAGUAUUCUGCUGCCACCGGACCCCCCGUUGGACCAGAGUGUGAGCACUGUGGACAGAGACACCAGCUGGGUGGUCCUAUCUGGGCUGAAGCCAUCCACGACCUGGAGUUUGUUCAGAAGGUUUUAGCCGCCGUGUCGGGGAACCCUUCUAGAUUUGGAACUUCUAAACGUAUUGAGGGCAUGCUCAGCAUGGUGACCGAGGAGUUGGAAGACGUGCCGCUUUACUACACAGUGGACAAUCUGAGCAGCACGAUACACUGUAAUACUCCGUCUCUGCUCCAGUUCAGGUCGGCUCUCCUUCAUGCUGGUCACAGGGUUUCUCUCUCUCACGCCUGUAAAAACGGCGUUAAGACAGACGCUCCUUCUGGAGUCAUCUGGGACAUCAUGCGAUGCUGGGAGAAAUCAAAUCCGGUAAAGAGGGAGAAGUUGUCUCAGACCAGUCCUGCAUUUAAGAUCCUCUCCACUGAACCCAGCCUUGAAGCCUGCUUCACAGUCAGAGAGGAUGCAAACCCACAGUCCCGUAAACGCCAUUUGACCCGUUUCCAGGAGAAUCCUCAGGCGUUCUGGGGGCCCAAAGCUCGAGCAAAAGCAGGGGGUGGUAUCAAUACUAAUCUGCAGGAUAAAAGGAAGAAGUUCCAGAACAAAAGAAAGAACCAGAUCACAGACUCGUCACAGCUGAAGAAUUUCCCCUGCAAGAAGUUCAAACAGGGAACAUGCACACAUGGAGACAGCUGCUCCUAUUCCCACGAUGAGGAGAAGAAAAGUGAUGAGAAAGCUGAAUGACUACUUAUUUUAGUUUCAAGUUUAAUCAUUUUAAGUUUAAAAGCUCUAGUGGAGUCUGGAUACUCUGGAGGUUAGAUUGUUUUGGACGUCUAAACUGAAUGGAAAUUUCUGGUUAUGCCAAAUUUUUUUUUUAAGUUGAAAUAAAUUACAAGAACCUGCUGCAUAUGUCCAAAUGUAACAGGCCUCACUUAAAGAUCAAUUUUCUGGAUGUAUUAAAGUUAUUCAGUGAACUUUCCUGUAAACACUUUUGUAAUCAUUUCAUUUCACAAUUGCACACAGAAAAAAGCCAGCAAAUCUUCAGCUUUUUAUCAACAUUUCAUCAAAACACAGACAAAUUUUGGUGAUUAGAACAGUCACCACAGCAGCAGCAUAUUACGUUAUGGGAGGCAACAAUAAGGAGGUGUAAAUUACUUUUAUAAGAUUCUUUUUGAAAAGUUAAAUGCACAUACAUACAGUAGAAAAGAAAACAAUUUAUUGCACAUCGGUUUCAUCAGGACAAUUUGGCAGCUGGUAAAAAUUAAAAAGAGGAUUUGAUCCACAGACAGAAACAUUCUGUCCCUGCUUCUAGAAAUGGUUUACACAUUUGCAGAUGGUCCAUACAUUUUACAAUGUUGAAGAAAUGAAAGAAUAUUGAUUUAAACAUGGUAUCACAUCAGCUGUCCUAUGGUGAAAUAACAGGGAUGUGUAAAAUGUGUUCUGGCAGGUCUCUGAAGUAUUUUAUUUCCCAGGUCUAGAUAAUUCAGGAAAAAAAAA